AUGAGGGUUUCUGCAAAGUGCUGCCCGAUGAAUAACAAUAUCGCUGAAGCACCCAGGAGGGUGCCUUUAGCUGCGAGGCCCUUUCCGCGAGGAGGCCACACAGCAACAACAGCACUCGCAGCUGAGCAUCCGGGCAGCAACUACAAGAUACCCCUUGUCUUCUGCGCAGCAGCAGUCUCUGUGACUCUUCUAUGCAUCAUCCGCCGAAACAGCGACAGCACGAACGGCUUCCGCUUGCCAACGGGUAAAGGAUCAAGCCUACAGCACCAUCACAUCCUCUGCAAUUUUUCAAUUGCUCCGCUUGCUGCCGCUGCCGCAAGCCUCGUUUUAGCUGCACUAUAUCCGGUAACGCUGUACGUGGCACAGUGCUGCUGCAUCUUGUGGCAGCUCAAAAAUUGCUGCACUUGGACGUGGAAGAUCGCUGUUUUACAGCUCUUAGCGCGCCUUCUGAAGGAGGAUAGCAGGAUGCCCCGUGUAUUCCUUCUGCGGUGUGUGUCUCUGCUAGCCUACUGUGGCCUCAGUGUAGGGCUAAUGCACGCCUUGCUGCCUCCUCUGAGCUGCCACCCAGCCACUCCUCUAUUUUCAGGAGUCGGAAGAGGCCUCGCAUCCGCAGCUGCGCCGGGGACGCCUUUAGCAGCAGCGGCAGCACAAGCAGAAUCCUCCCGACGGCUGCAAUGCCUUCUGCUGCUCUUGGGAUGGCCGGUGUCGUGGGACGCCUUUUUCUCUGCAGCGGCUGCGGCUGCAUUGCAAUCUCUGCGUUUCCUGCUGCUGCUUUACAGCGUUCCGCUGUGCGUGUCCACAGGGAGCUUGUCCUUCUCUAGGGUCCUUAGAGUGCCCAAAGCGGCAGAAGCUGCUGCUCCUGCUGCCGCAAAUGAGUUGAACGAGGCCUCACCCUCAGCAGCAGCCACAGCAAACCACGACGGCACUGUGGCUGGUGUAGCUGACCAGAUCAAGUGUUUGUUUGUUGCACCGCUCCUCGAGGAAGUCACCUUCAGAGGCCUAAUGCUUGUGCUGUUUGCUGCUGCUGGAUUUAGCAGCACCGCGUGUGUAGCCGCCUCUGCUGCGCUCUUUGCCAUCCCGCACUGCCACCCAGCGUUGCUGAAGGCGCUCGCAGCUGUUGCCCAGCACGACCGGUGUCAGUCGCGCGUUGGUAUUUGCCGGUGCAUGUGCGUUGCACAGUGCGAAGCAGAAGCAGCACUUGCUUUACGGCGGCUGCUGAGCUCCCUCGAGUGGCCAUUAGACACAGCAGGAUCGAAGUCGGUGCUGCAGACGCUGCAGCACCAGCUACUGCUCGUCUUGCAGCAUCACCUCCCGCAAAUCCUGUCCACGUUUGCCUUCGGAGUUGUUGCCAUGUGUCUGCUCCUAAAUAGUCGCUCGCUCCUGCCGCUGGUGCAGGACCAGCAGCAGCCACAGGUUCUGGUGUACUCACCGAAUGUCUUCGUCACUGUCGGUCUGCACAUGGUCUGCAAUUGGCAGGGGCCACCCUGGCGAGACCCUUUAAAAUGCAGUGAAAGGCCGGACCACCACCCUCUUUAUGCGUUUCGACGCCUCCUGCUGGCCUUGCAAUUGUUGGGCUUUCUCGGUGCUGUCGCCGAAGUCAUCAACAUGUAA